AUGACAACGAAAAAAGCGUGCGUGGAGGCGCCCAAAAGGAGCCGGAGUCCCGUGGUUCUGGAGGCAGAGAUGUUCAGUGAAUUUCAGGACUGGUGUCUCCGGACCUACGGGGACUCGGGCAAAACAAAGACGGUCACCAGGAGAAAAUAUAACAAGAUCAUGCAGACGCUGUUGCAGAACGAGGACUCGGACGGCGUGUAUGUCGACAGCAGCCACAUCAACGCCAAAUUCAAAUUCUGGGUCAAAUCUAAAGGUUUUCAGGUCGGGAACAACAUCUUAGGAGAGCACAACAAGAAAGGCACCCCAGGGAAGCCCGUAUUAUACGUCCCAGUCAAGUCUACGUGCUCCGAUGGCGCUUCGAUGCAGGAAAACUCCUCGCUGAAGCGUGUAGCUGUAGUGGAAGACUUCUUUGACAUCAUCUAUGCCAUGCACGUUGAGAUUGGCACGGACCCCGGCAGAGCCCCCAAACAUGCAGGCCAGAAGAAGACAUACAAAGCGAGAGGUCCUGUCACGUCUGAUCGUGUGUACCCUUUUGAGGAGGCAGCAGCCGCACUGGGGCAGGGCAUAAUAUGGAGCUGUCAGAGUGGCCUUCUGGGAGGUGCACUGCUCUGGGUGGCCUUUCCCCCUCUGCUGCUGUUGCCUGUGGGUGGUGGUGGUGGUGGAGGGGCAGAGGGGAUGAGAGAGGAUGGGGAGCAGCCGUGGUGGGCACCCCUGCUGCCUCUGCAUGGUCACGUGAAGGUCGCGUCUAACAGGGAAACGCCAGCGGGGGCGAGGAGCAGAGUGAUCGCAGAGACGUACGCCUUCUUGCCCCGGGAGGCGGUGACUCGGUUCCUCAUGAGCUGCGGAGAGUGUCAGAAGCGGAUGCACAUCAACCCGAGCGCCGCGGAGUUCAAAGAAAAUGACAGGCCAACGUCACUCGUCCCGGACCUCAUCGACUAUAACAUGCCUCUUACCGCCACCUACCUGAAGCAGAUGAAACUGCAAUGCAUGACCAACACGGAGCGGCUCAGGGAUGACAGUUCGAUGAGCAGCGAGGACAUGGCCACCGCAGAGCCCACGUGGAUCACCGUAGAGCAGCCUCCAGUGCCUGAGCCCAGCCCUCCCAAUGGGGACCACGCCCUGCCGGACGCCGUCAAGGAUGAGAUGGAGGAUGAGGACUCUUCAGACAGCGCCAGUGCCAACGGGCUGCCGGCUCCGACCCCGCCCGAGCUGCAGUCCGUGGGGGGUGCUGUCCCGGACGGAGGGGCCUCGUUCGGGGAGGUGAGGGAGAACGGCGUCAGCGCACCCCUGGACUUCAGCACAAACUCCUCCUCCUCCUCUUCAGAAGAUCAGCAGCCUGUGAACCUGAGCGACCGGAUACUGCCCUCCUCCACCUCCCCCCUCAGCACUUACCCCUCCGACCCCAGCAGAGCCUUCACCAACAAGUCCCCUCCGUACAGCUCCGGCAGCUACGACUCGGUGAAGACGGAGGCCAUGAGCGUGGAUGAGCUGAGCGCGGCGCGGGCUCACAUCAUGGACGAAGACGACGACGAGCACGACGAGCACGACGACAGCGACAAGAUCAACGACGCCGAAGGGAUGGACCCCGAGAGACUCAAAGCCUUCAACAUGUUUGUGCGUCUGUUCGUGGAUGAGAACCUGGAUCGCAUGGUGCCCAUCUCCAAGCAGCCCAAGGAGAAGAUCCAGGCCAUCAUGGAGUCGUGCGGCCGACAGUUCCCAGAGUUCCAGGAGCGCUCUCGCAAACGCAUCCGCACCUACCUCAAAUCUUGUCGCCGCAUGAAAAAAGGCGGCUUUGAGAUCCGACCGACACCUCCUCACCUCACCUCCGCCAUGGCAGAGAACAUCCUGGCUGCAGCCUGCGACAGCGAGUCCCGCAACGCCGCCAAGAAGAUGCGCCUGGACGUGUACCCAGCCACGGAGGAGCCUAUGUGUAUUGACAAGAGCACCCCCAGAGACCCCGCCUCUGUGGCCCCUGGGUUCACCAUCGCCAGCACACCUUUCGCCCAAGACCAGCUCUACGCCAACGGAGGCCUCACCUACAGCGUCCGCUACGGCGCGGUCAGCAGCAGCCAGCCCGCCACGGGGACCGCACAGACCAACGGACCUACAGAUCUUAGUAUGAAAUCUGUCGGCCCAAACUCCACCUCGUCCAGUGCCAACGGUCAGGGUGGUGGUGGAGGGGGGGCGUCGGCACAGCUCAGCCCCCCAGAGGUCACCGCAGUGAGGCAGCUGAUUGCGGGGUACAGGGAGUCUGCGGCCUUCCUGCUGCGCUCGGCUGACGAGCUGGAGAACUUGAUCCUGCAGCAGAACUGA